GUGUUGUUAAGGUGGAUUACGGCGACGUAUCCGUCAGAAAAGCGCUAAGAGAAAAUCUGAAGUGUAAACCCUUCUCGUGGUACUUGGAGAACAUCUACCCCGACUCGCAGAUCCCGCGGCGCUAUUUCUCCCUCGGUGAGAUCAGGAACGUCGAAACCAACCAGUGUUUAGACAACAUGGGCCGCAAGGAGAACGAAAAAGUGGGCAUUUUCAACUGCCACGGCAUGGGAGGAAAUCAGGUAUUUUCCUACACUGCCGACAAAGAGAUCCGCACGGACGACUUGUGCCUGGACGUCUCGAGGCUGAACGGCCCCGUCAUCAUGCUGAAGUGCCACCACAUGCGAGGGAACCAGCUCUGGGAGUACGAUGCCGAGAAGCUCACCCUGAGGCACAUCAACAGCAACCAGUGUCUGGAUGAGCCGUCGGAGGAGGACAAGAUGGUUCCCACCAUGAGGGAGUGCGGUGACGGCCGUUCCCAGCAGUGGCUGCUGCGCAACAUGACCCUGGGUGCCUGA